AUGGGAUUAUGUUUAAUCGUCGAAUCUGACUUUGGAACACGGCUGUGGUUAUAUUUUGAAGAGAUUCAACCGGACGUUUUACUUGUUAUCCGACAGUCCGAGCUAGCUUUAUAGCCGUGUCCUGCUUACAUCCAUUCGACAGUGAAAACACAGCUUGUGAUCAGGACUGAUGGAGACAACAGAAGUUUGUGAGAUUGACGUGCCCACCAGAACAAUAGUGGGAGGCAGUGAUUCUCCGCCUGACCUGGACAGCCCGUGUCAGGAGGAGGUUGCAGAGUUUGGUUUGAGUUUGGGCUGUGCAGAGGAGGAGAGGGGGGAAACUCCAGGCAGGGAGGACAGCCCCAGUGAUCUGGUGGAGGCUGAGCUCGAUCCUGGAGGAGACCCGAAGUCAGGAGAGGAAAAGGCGUUUGGGAAGGAGGUUAUUCUUUUGAUGCAGGCACUGAACACCUUAGCCACUCCUGAGGAGAAACUGGCUGCUUUGUGCAAGAAGUAUGCAGACCUGCUGGAGGAGAGUCGCUGCAUGCAGAAGCGACUGAAAGCCCUGCAGAAGAAGCAGUCUCAGAUUGUGAAGGAAAAGAUCCACCUGCAGGGGGAGCACAGCAAGGCCAUCCUGGCCCGCAGCAAGCUGGAGAGCCUGUGCAGGGAGCUGCAGAGACACAACAAGACACUGAAGGAGGAAAACGCCCAGCGCUCUAGGGAGUAUGAGGAGCAGCGGAAGGAGGCCAUGAUGCACUUCCAGAUGACCUUGAGUGAUAUUGAGGUGCAGAUGGAACAGCAUAGCUCCCACAACACCAAGCUGAGGCAAGAGAACAUGGAGCUGGCUGAGAAGCUCAAAAAGCUCAUUGAGCAGUAUGAGCUCAGAGAAGAGCACAUCGACAAGGUGUUCAAACACAAGGAGCUGCAGCAGCAGCUGAUGGACACCAAGCUGCAGAGAAUCACUGAGAUGAUGAAAGAAGUCGAGGAGAAGCAGCAGAGAGAGAGAGACUUUCUGCUGAAGGACGCCACGGAGUCCAGGCGUAAGUGUGAGCUGAUGAAGGAACAAGAAACACAGCUCAAACAACAGCUCUCCCUUUACAUGGAUAAGUUUGAGGAGUUUCAGAGCACUCUGGCUAAAAGCAAUGAGGUCUUCACCACUUUCAGACAAGAGAUGGAGAAGAUGACCAAGAAGAUUAAGAAGCUGGAGAAGGAAACAACACAGUGGAGGACCAAAUGGGAAAGCAACAACCAGGCCCUGCUGCAGAUGGCUGAGGAGAAAACUCUGCGUGAUGGACACUUCAAGGCCCUGCAGGGGAAGCUGGAGCUGCUGGAGAGGCUGUGCAGAGCUCUGCAGAAAGAGAGGAAUGAUCUCAACAACCGCCUCAGCCUCCUCCAGAAGGAGGGAGACACAGGGACCACAGCACCUCCUGAAGCACAGCCGCGGGAGCCUUUAGCCAGGGAGGAAGAUGAGGAGGAGGAGGAGGACGACGAAGAUGAGGAGGGCUUGCCACAGGGUGAUAAGCUGGAGACAGAGGGCAUCCAUCAAGCUCCUAGACCACCUGAACUGGACCCUACUAAGGACAAAACCACUACUGCUACGACAACAGCCAGCCAGCCCGCACAAACCGCAACCGCACAGCAGAACUGAAUGAGCCAAUACGGCCUGUGUGUAGGUGGGAAGGCUGUGAUCGGAGGGCUCCAUACCUCAAGCCUAGUUCCAUAAGUCACCAGAAAAACAUCUUUAAUGGAGAUAGAGAUUUCUUUUUUAAUUCUAGACUUGCCUCUCCAGGUCUCUAUACAGACACUGAACUCAUAUCUUUUUGUGUUUUAGUUUAAGUAAUGAUAAUAUCAAGGACUCUAUUCUAAAACUACCCACGUUUGCAAUGGUUGGCGAGCACUUCGUUCUCCAUUUUCCACCAUAUCUUUAUUUUCUUUGGAAAUUUCCAUGCAGUGAAAUCGUAGCUGUUCCUUUCUGUCUUCACAUGGUCUCUCCCUGUAGUAUCACACGCCCCACUGGAAAUGUUAGUUUGAUUAAAUUCAAAAGUGAGUUUAUCACAUGCAUAUUGUCACAGAUCACACUUUUUUAAUAUGGCCUUACAGCCAGCAUAUGAUCUUUGGAGGCUGAAAGUGGAAAUAUGAAGUGGGAUGUGGUUUAGAGCAAAUGCAAAGUCAGAAUUGGACUUAUUUGACAUUUGUAUUGGCCGCAGGGUAUUUAAUGUUUUUUUAGAUCAUGUAAUAUCACAGCAUGGAUGAGGUGCAGGUUUAGCUGAUUGACUUGAUCAGAGCCUAGGGCAUCUAGGCACAGAUGCCUGGGAAUCUACGCAUCUGUGUGAACUUACCAACAUUCACCAGCCGCAGCUGUGGUUGGUUGAUUUGCUAGUUUCCAGUUAGCAAGCUACCCUGUCAGCCUGGCCCACACAUGCUCUGUCAGCAAGCUAAGCUAUGGGUUGUUCUCUAUGCUAAUGCAAAAUAGACAAUUCACAUUGCUCCUUUCACACCCAAUCAUGAUUCUGUCCCUGUGAACCUGUUCACCUGUGGAAAGUUCCAAACAGGUGUUUAAUCGAGCAGUGCACAUCUUUCCCAGUCUUUUGUUGUCCCUAUCCCGACUCGUGUUGCUGGCCACAAUUUCAGAAUAAGCAUAUAUUAACAAAAAUCAAUAUAUCGUCUUUGUGCUGUUUCAAUUGAGUAUAUGUCGAAAAGGAUUCAUUAUCACAUUCUGAUUUAUUAGUUUUACACAGCGUUUCAACUUUCUGGAAUCAGGGUUUUAUUUUGUUGUGGUAUGUUAUGUUAGAUUAGGUAAACGGCAGGUAGACGGCGACAUGUUCUUGCCUUUGUUCUCAAAAUUUUUUGAAAGAUCUCCUAUUUUUUUAUUAAUCAUUAAACUCAUAAAACUGGCUACCUGCUAAUAAGAAACUAACAGGAAACUAUUGUUCUGAAUGUGAUUCAGUAACGAAACCCAGUCCAGGUGUGCAUUCCGCCUCGUGUAAGUCAGGGGUCUAGCAGAGUUUUGAGUUUAGCAGUAUCGUAUCAGUUGACAUUGUUGGCAGGCUUCUUAAAUAAAAUGUGACGAAGCUGCUCAGCCCAUGUUUAUUACAUAUACACAAGUUGCUUUUCUGUUGGAGUCACAGUCAGUGGGUGUUUACUGCCCCCAAGUGGUUGUCCAUUACCAUUUUGAAUGGAACUCUAGGAUAUUACUAUUAAAACUGACAUUAUUUCCCACAAGCUUCAAAGAACUUUAACUUUGGUUUGAUAGUGUCACCUCCCAUUUUUACCUGUUUUUAGGAAAUGGUUCUAUCUGGUUUUGGGACAAUCCAACCCAUCCUCCAAUCACUAAAAUAAGUAACGGAAACUUAAAAAUUGUCACAUUUAUUUUGUUGCGUGCUUCUUAAGCUACGAGACAACUAAAGUGAUGUACGAAAGCUUAGCAAAUAUGCAGAAUGUGUUGCAUGAUUUAAAUCUGGAUUUCAGCGAUCAGUGUUUAAUGCACCAUGCAAUUUGAUUUCUAUAUGCUGAGCUCAUCAUGGUGUACAGAGGAGGCAAGUCUGGAGUUCUGCCUUCAUCCACUGGCAGUUUAUUACAUCAGAAUAAUGGACCUUGUAAUUUUUGAAACUUUAUGCUGGAAGAAAACUGAAUGUGAUUUUCUAAUGCAUUUGAAUAAAAGAUGAUUGAUUGUCAUCAGAGACGCAUAUAUAUAUAGGAGCUAUUGCAAUAGCUGCAGUUCUUGUACAUGGGGAAACUCAUCGGGGCGUGGAUUGAUUCGGUGAAUGUAGGGAAUCUGCAGUCAACAUUGUCAAGUCAACUUUCACUCACACGUUUAAAUUCUCUCUGCAUGAUUUAUUCUCUUUCACGUUUUGUUUUGGAGCACAUUUGUCAAUUUUUUUUUAUUAUUUUACCCUGCUUGCUCCAGGCAAUAAUGUUCUAAAACAGGCCAGGUAUCUUGAAUAAGCACUUAAUGUUUGAUGUUAACCCCUCUACAGUUACUUCAUCAGCAUCCUUCCAUCCAUUGGCAAUCCCAACCCUUUGAGAGGUCACACGUGGUGGAAAAGUGCUUGUUAACUGGACUCCCACAGCAGCGUUUAACCUGUUGUUCCAGCUCGCCGCCUCUUUAAGUGCUUGUCCUUUUUGAACUCAGUAUAUAUUGUAUCAGUGAGAAUCAUGAAGGGGUACUGACAAUUCAUUCCUCAACAAAUAUGUACACAAACCCACUGCCUGUUGGUUAGCCCAUGUGUGAUGGUGUGUAAUGUCUUCAAAGACGUCGCCUUGCAGUUGGAUUGAGUUUAUCUGUGACUGAUGUGAACAUAUACAGGGUCAGAUGGCGUGUGUGUGAUUUUUCUGUCAGUAGAGGACAGCUUUCGUCACACCCCAAGCCAAGGGAAGACCUUUCAGCAUCUGUUUCCUCUUUCUUUGGUAUUGCCCCACACUCACUCUCAGGUAAUGUCCAAAUCUACCUCUGCAGGCGAGACUAACUGUCAAAGAUGAGGCAUGAUUCACCAUAGCUUCGGAGAGCUUUUAUUUUUACUAAAAAAACGUCCCUACACCCCUCUUUGAUUGUACAAUGUCCUUAUAGUCCUGUCUUGCUUUUUAAUAAACAUUUUGUAGAACUUGCAAUAA